AUGCGCAUCCUGCGUUCCCUACUGGCAUUGGUCCCUGUGGUCGCUGCUGAGUUCAUUCCCGGAGGCAGCUUUGGUCGUUCCACUAUUGGCCCCUACAACAAUUGUUCUGGCACACUCACCUCGCGCCCCACCGACCUUGCUAUCGAUACACUCCCUAACAUCAGUCCUGAUGCUUCGAGUGGUUGGGAGAGAUGGGACCUAACUAUUUAUCAGUCGGACAUCUUCCUGAAUUUGCGCUGGUUGCAGGGAGAGCCUUCCUGCUAUAAUUCUGUGCCAGCCAACGGCUCGUUUGAAGUCUCUGCACGGUUCGCGAACGGAACGAUCUUCUACACGCGCAUCACAGGGGAGAAACUUACCUACACUAAUUCUUCCACGUACUCCAUUUCGAUCGGACAGAAUACCCUCACGUGGGAUAACAGUCAAACUUGGUUCAACACCACGCUGAAUUUGAAUGGGUUAACCGGUUCAUUCGGAACUGAGUCUAUUAUGUUGGACAAGUUCUCUCCAUAUGCAGGCUGGAUUAUUGGCCAGUUGACCGAAGGUCUCUUCAGCGGUAUCCCGGUGACCCGUGGCCACACCACCUUCCUGAUUAUCGUGCUAGUCAUGUUGGCUCCAGUCCAAUUCCCAUGGGGUCAGGAAGUGACGCUUACCGCUCAGUCGCUGUUGUUACACAUGUUCGCCCAACAGCCCGUUCAAUCACUCGCUGUUAACUACGCUAUACGUGCCUUCCGGUCCACAGGAACGGCCUUUGGCGAUACGUUCAUUUACGAGAGUUCUCGUGCCCCAAAUUCGAGCGAAUACAACGCCUUCUUCCUGGGUCGCGCUGAAGCUCGCGGCACCGGUUUUGAGCCUUACACGUUCUACGCAGGUACCAACAGUAACCUUCUGUCCGUUGCGCAGAUCAACCACACCUCUACCGAAGCCCAACUGGCCGGGUGUGCUAAUACGGACUACGUGCCUUUCACUUGGAAUUUCACCCUUCCGUUGCCCAUUCUGGAGCAGUUCGACAGUGCCGGGGGGAAGACCACCUUCUACGUCUUCUCUAACAUCAGUACUGCGGAACCUUUUGGUAGCGAGUACGUGUCCUACCAGGGUGGAACGGGCAUAGCAUACAUAUACCAAACACCCGGUGCCGCUGCGAUCGACAAGCAACCUAGUGAAGGUGGUCAACCCUCUGAGCAGUAA